AGAUAAAUAAAAUUGGCAAAUAAUUUCAAUGUCAAAUUUGCAGAAAGAUCUACCGCGUCUGAUUUCUCACAAUUCUCAUUUUUCUAUUUCACGAAUAAAAUUUGUUGUUUCCCAACUAAGAACGGAAACGUAAAAUUCGAUGACCCUUAUAUAUAUGUAAAACGUCAAAAAAAGAGGGGCUGAGAAGGCACAAGCAUAAACAUGGGUUUGACAAAAACGUCGUUGCUUUUCUAUUUUCUCUUCGUUCUUUAUUUGCAUCACAACUUUGUUUCCGUUGUAGACUCACGAUCCUUACGUCUAGCCUCCGUUGACACCAGCCAUGUUUCCACCAUAUCCAAGCCAGAAGGUGUUAUUGGCUACGGUGAGAAGACGUCGAAAUUAGCAGUCUUUAUCCGAAAAGGCGGUGGCGGUAAGGGAGGAGGAGGACGUGGUGGCGGUAAGGUAGGAGGAGGACGUGGUGGCGGAUACGACCGUCUAAGGCAAUCUCGCGGUGGGCUAGGCGGGUAUCCGUUUUUUUCGGGUAUGUCGCACCACCAUCGUUCAAGCGGUAGCCGGAAUCUUGGAAGGCCAAGGUGUGGUUUCGGUUGGUUAGGUUUAUUAUCGGCUUCGGCCGGAUUAUUGUUGGUUUCGUAGAGUUAAUUAGUAUUUAUUAGAAUUUUAAUUUAAAGAGAGUUUCUUAGAUAUAUUUGAACUUUUAAUGGAUUUUAGAAGGCAAAUAGUCUUGUAGGAGUAUCAUUAAACCAUUAGUUUACUUUUUUUGUUCUAAACAAUUUACAAGCACGCGAGAUUGUCAAAGACUCAAACUAUGUUUCUAGAAGGAAACAAAGAAACAUCUCUCUAUGUAUUAAGUUGACACGUUAGAAUUGAUAAUAACUUUUAAUUUUUAAAAA